UGGGAUCACUUUGCGCUGAUGCUCCGCCACAUGCCCGCAUCACUGUUGGCAACACGAGCCUCACAUCAGCACAGCAGACUCACAAACAUAUACACUCUGACCGGCACGAUGGAUGGGCAACAGAAAGACCGCAGACAGACUCACUUGUGGAUAUUGACGUUACUGAUAUUUGUCUAACCUUCAGCACUGGAUAACUCGGUCUGUCACAACUUCUUUCUCUGGUUCGGAGCUGGAUCUUGUCUCUCGGGCUUGGGAAGACGGAUUAUACUUAUUCUGAUCACUUAAUUUCCACCGCUCCGUUUUCAGCACUUGGAAUAGGAGCGUUUUUUUUUCAGGAGGAGAAACUGAUUUUUAAGGAUACGCACAUCAAGCUCUAAAGGAUGGCCGUUAGGUUCAACUCUAUCUUCGUAAUAGUUAUGACAUUAUUCACUCAGGUUCUGGGAUCAGGUGUAUUCGAGAUCGAUCUCCAUCACUUUCAGAAUACUAAAGGUUUGCUGGCAAAUGGACUUAGCUGCAGCACGUCUGGGUGCAGGACUUAUUUCAGGGUUUGUUUGAAGAACUUCCAGACGGUGGUGUCUCCCGGAAAGUGUUUAUUUGGCAAAGUCACCACACCUGUUCUGGGCACUGACUCUUUCAGCAUGCAGCAGGACGCCAGGCUGCGUCUACCGCUCAACUUCACCUGGCCGGGUGCUUUUUCUUUAGUUAUUGAAGCCUGGUAUUCUCCUGCAGCGGAGCGACCUGGAGACACCACCAACCCCGAAUUCUUGAUUGGUUCUUAUACCAUCCAAAGACAGUUGGGAAUAGGGCGUGAGUGGUCCCCGGAUGUGCGGGGCGGGACGCAGACGGAGCUAAGGUACUCAUACCGGUUCAUCUGCAAUGACAAUUACUACGGGGACACUUGUUCCAAAAUAUGCGCUCCGAGAGACGACCAUUUUGGCCACUACACCUGCAAGCCUGACGGGCAAAUAGCCUGUCUACCGGGAUGGAAGGGAGAAUACUGCCAAGAACCCAUCUGUCUUGAAGGAUGCAAUGAAAGAAAUGGAAACUGCACGUUACCUGGAGAGUGCAAAUGCAGAGAGGGCUGGCAAGGCCUCUUUUGUGAUGUGUGUAAACUCCACCCAUCCUGUAAACAUGGUACCUGUAAAGAGCCGUGGCAGUGCACCUGCAAGGAAGGCUGGGGAGGCAUCUUUUGUGACCAAGAUCUGAACUACUGCACUCAUCACAAACCCUGCGCCAACGGGGCCACGUGUCUGAACACAGGCCAGGGCAGCUACACCUGCACCUGCCUGCCAGGCUUCACUGGGGUCAACUGUGACUUGGAGGUUAGGGAGUGUGACAACCAGCCCUGUCACAACGGAGGCCACUGCCUGGACACUGAGACUGGCUAUAGCUGUGUGUGCCCACAAGGGUUUGAAGGGACACACUGUGAUCUCAAGGUGCCGACCUGUGUAGAUACACCCUGCUUUCAUGGUGGCAAGUGCAAAGAGAGGGAUAAUGGGCAAAGUUACGAAUGUGAAUGCCCUGCAGGCUACACUGGACUUAACUGUGAGAAGAAAGUGGACAAAUGUACCUCACUGCAAUGUGCAAAUGGUGGACACUGUGUGAUCCGUGGUAACCUCCGCCUGUGCAGCUGCCGCCCAGGCUUCACAGGCCUGCGCUGCGAGAUCAACAUCAAUGAGUGUGCCAGGAACCCUUGCGCAAACGGCUCCACCUGCAUAGACGGCAUGAACGACUACACCUGCACCUGCCCUCCAGGGUUCUCUGGCCCACACUGUGACAAGCCAAGGGACCACUGUGCCUCCAAACCUUGCCUGAACGGUGGGACCUGCACCGCUGCAGCUAAAGGCCCGCCCUCCUGCACCUGCCCCGCCCAUUACAGCGGCCCCCAGUGCCAGUCUAAAGAUGUGCCUUCACCCAGCACCCCCAGUCCCAACGUAGGCUCGGAGUCCUAUGACAAGUUGAGCUUGGCAGCCAUCAGUCUGGGAGUGGGCCUGGUGGUUGUUGUGGUGGUUCUCUGCAUGGUGGUGGUGGGAAUACGUCACAUGAAGAAGCAGAGGACAAAUGAGCAGGAGUCAGAGACCUUGAAUAACCUCUCCAAGAAUGACUUUCAGAAAGAGAACCUCAAUUCUUCUCUAGAGGUCAAGAACAACAAUAAAACGAUCGAUUCGGAGGUGGAAUGUCCCAGGGAAAAGUCCAAUCACAAACACAUAAACCAUUACCAAGUGGAUUAUAAAUCCUCCAGCGGGUACAAAGAUGAAUUUUUCCUUUUGGACAAAGAUGAAAACUGUGAAAAGACGAUAGAAGAAAAAAAGCAUUUGAGUAGAAUGUACAGUGAACGGCCAGAGUGCAGAAUAUCAACAAUAUUUUCUUCCAGAGAUUCAAUGUACCAGUCUGUCUUUGUAUUGACAGAGGAGAAAAAUGAGUGCAUCAUUGCUACUGAGGUAUAAUAAAGGGAGGAUAUUAUUCAUUGUAAAUAUGGAUUUCUUGUGGACUGUUUACAAGCUUGGAAAGAAUGGGAUUUAUUUAAAUACAAGUUGCUGCUCUUGAAAACUUGAUAACUGGACGGAGCCGCUGCGCUCUUGGACUUCAAACAGAACUAAAGCUACUAAACUUUGUUAGAAUGUAAAGACUUAAACAGACUGCAGAAAAUAAUGACUGAAACGGACUUGUGGACGCCUCUAGUGAUGUCAAACCCUAGACUGCUCUCUCCACGGGCUUGCGGCUGAGAUGUUGUUGCCUGCCGUGUUGAUUAGAAGAAGAGGACAAUCUUGAUGGACCCCUCUCCACGUUAGUGCAGUAAUCAGCAAUCAAAAAAUCAGCUUACUGCCAACAAGGCUGGGGAAGGAGCCAGACUUUUCAUUUUCUGUGGCCUACAAUGCGUUAUGCAAACAAAAAUCCGCAUUGAGUUGAAUCAAAAAAAGGGACAAAACUACUGAAAACGGUUCAUUUUCGAAGAAUUUGAGGUUAUCACCUUUGUAAAUCCUCUUUUAUAAAGAAUGUAUGCAGCCAAGAUCACAAAGCCUUAGAUUCAUGCUCAACAAAAACAUUGUGCCCUGCCUAGUCUUGAUCCCUUUGCACAGCAAAAUGGAGGUAAAUGAUAAAAAGAUCAAAAGAUGCAAUAUGCCUCAGUGCCAUGCAGGGAAAUUUACGAUAAGGCCUAGUUUUAUUAUGCAAGAUCAACCUUAAAUGAAGACAAAGAAAAACAUGAAGUGACUAUCGUACCAAGGACGCCUUCAAAGGAAAUUACUGAACCAAUAAUGUUAUUUUGUAAGAUUAGUAAUCCAUUAGUUAUUUAUGAAUAUGAAGCACUGAUCUCUAUGUUUUAUAAGAUUAUUUUGUAUAUACUGUAUAUUUAUAUGUUGAGAUUAGAAGUAUGAAUCUGUUUUUAAGUUGACGCCCAGGAAAGGUGAAAAUUAUUUUAAAAGUCUGUUUUAUUAUUAUUUUUUUAUAAAAAGAAACAA